AUGACGGGGGUAGGUUCCGCAUCCUCUUCUGGUGAGGAACCCUUCCAUCUUGAGAAGUAUCGUCCGGCUUGCGAAGCAGCAAAAGUUCGAGAGUCAGAUCAAGUCCAGGAGUCCCCAUCUCCUUACGCCCCGAAGUCUUCUCAAAACGAAGACACUACUCACAUUCGGCCUGCCCUGACUGGGACGUCAUCUAAGAAGAAGCAUUUCCUCAACGCCAGCGUUGCAACAGCACUUGGAAGAAGCAAGAAUAAAACUGGUCGUGAAGAGCAGGCCGGAUUCGGCACCCCAUCGUCCUCAUCUCGGGGACUUGGCUACAGGAGACUUUCACACAGUGUUGUGGCUAAAAUCAAGGGCCUAUUCAAUGAUGACGAAGUGAUGCCUAUUACUAAGGAGAAUAUGCGAUCACUGAGUGAGAAUCCGAUUGAUCCCCUCCAAUCUCUAAAGCUGCAUGAGCCGGCACAGCAAUCAAAAGUCGACCUCUCGCGUACUUCUUCAUUGGGGAGCGCUAUCUACAAUUACGAUCGACAUGGAGUGUUGAAUGACAACACAACUCAAGUUGGCACAUCUAAUUCUAACCGACGAAACAGCCUGGGGACGGAUAAUGGCUCCUUAUCAAGGCGGGUUACUAUAGACAGUAUCAUAAGACGACGCAAUACGAACAGAGACGGCGAGCUCAACCAAGGGGGCGUGCGCAGGAUGAAUGAUCUUGAAAGAGCCCACCUCGCUCCGAAUCUCCUUCAACUGAACAGUCAGGCGGUAGCAGCUGGCUACCGAGAUAUCUCGGACCGUUUGAAAUAUGACCCAGAAUGGGGAGGAAGCAGCCUCGGACACUGGGUAAUUGACAUGGCAUCAGAAGGUCACUCAAUGCACCAACAGGGUUCAAUGCACCAACAGAGUGAAUCAAGCUCCUCAUCUCUAAUCGGCGACAUACAAGAAUUUAAGGAUUUCGACGGUGUUUUCCCAUUUUCCGAUAGUUCAUCAUCCCAGCGCGAGUCAAUCGAUUCUGAGGGGUUUCCCGCAUUCACUAUUGAAGACAGUGCAGAUGCAACACAUUUCCUUCCCAACCCCACCAAUCCCCGUACCUCAGUUAGCACUCGCGCAGACACUCGCGUAGAUUCCUGGCACUUUAACGACAAUAAUUUGUUGCCUGCAAUUCCUGCAAUUCCUCGCCAGGAACAGUUUUCUUCUCCCGAACCUCAGUCGGAAAGAUCCAGUUUUUCGUCCCAACAAGAAACUGCGCACCACAAUAGAGGCAUUUCAGGACCUGAACAAACCGUCGAACAAGCAAAUCCCACACAUUCGACAUACCUUUCCGACUGGUUGUGUUCCCAUUGUGGCUUCUUGAAUCUUCCGAGACGAACUGCCUGCCUGCAGUGCUGGGAAGAACGUGCAGAAUCUCUAGGCGACAUAGGUCGACGUAACCGCCGGGUAACUUUCGCAGAGCCCACGAAAUUCGAGGGCAAACACGCUUCAGCCAUGGCAGGAUACAAUGCAUCUCUCGUCGAUGCAUCGCUCAUUCCCGAGCCGCUCAAAAUCAAGUCUUGCCUCAAGGCAAAGACUCAAGAAUCUCAAACCGCCGACAAGAGUACCCAGACUGGGAUUCAGGGCUCUGAUGGACCGGCUUCUCAUCAGAAUCAGCAGACCAAUGCCACCGAAGCUACCGCUACGUCCAACGAGGCCGAGAAGACCGCCGACGAUAUCAUCAAGGAAGGACUAAAGGAGAUGGAAGCUAUCAUGAACGAGGCUAAGGAGAAGAACGAGAUCAUGCGAGGCCUGCUAGAGUUGAUGGAGGAAAUAGUGCAAAAGAAGAUGUCCGAGAAGCGUAAGGCUAAAGACUAAGCCAUUGGUCGCACAUGAGGCGAGCCACGCUCGUAUUCACGGAUCUGCCAGAUGGGCCGGAUCACAUUUGCGUAUCACAUUUGCGUAUGCGUUACAUGAUUUUGAGAUGGAGAGCUGGAGGAUGAGUAGGAGAUGAUGCUAGGAGACGGGUAGCAAACCACACGGCAUGGAAGGAAAUGCCAGGAGAAGCCAGUAUAUGGCAAGAUGGCUAGAGCUCAUAUUACGUACAGGGAAUUCUUCACCCUUCUCAUUGCCUUUCUUGAACAUACAGUUCAAUAUGUCCGAUUUUGUACAAUAGCACGAUUGAAAACCCGAAAACCAUUGAGG